AUGAACUUUCUCCCUGGGAUCUGGUGGUCUCUUCCUUUGGUCUUGAUCUGGGCGACCCCACCAGUCACCUCUUCAUGGUGGUACAUGGGCGCCGUGGGCUCGUCGCGAGUGAUGUGCGACAACGUGCCGGGGCUGGUGAGCCGGCAGCGGCAGCUGUGCCGGCGGCACCCCGAGGCCAUGCUCUCCAUCGGCCGCGGCGUGGCCGCCUGGACGGCCGAGUGCCAGCACCAGUUCCGCCGGCACCGCUGGGACUGCAACGCCCUGGAGCGGGGGCAGCGCCUCCUCGGCCGAGUCCUGCUGCGCAGUAGUCGUGAAUCUGCUUUUGUGCAUGCCAUCUCCUCCGCUGGAGUUGUUUUUGCCAUCACCAGGGCAUGUAGCCAAGGGGAGCUGAAAUCUUGCUCCUGCGAUCCCAAGAAGAAAGGCUCUGCCAAGGACAGCAAGGGCCAUUUUGACUGGGGUGGCUGCAGCGAUAAUAUUGAGUAUGGCAUUAAAUUUGCCAGAGCCUUUGUGGAUGCCAAAGAAUGGAAAGGAAAAGAUGCAAGGGCGCUGAUGAACCUUCACAACAACAGAGCUGGAAGGAAGGCCGUGAAGCGGUUUUUGAAACAGGAGUGCAAAUGUCACGGCGUGAGCGGAUCGUGCACUCUAAGGACCUGUUGGCUGGCCAUGGCAGACUUUAGGAAAACAGGAGAUUACCUGUGGAAGAAAUACAAUGGAGCAAUUCAGGUGGUCAUGAAUCAAGAUGGCACGGGUUUCACUGUGGCUAAUAAGAAAUUUAAGAAGCCAACUAAGAAUGACCUGGUAUACUUUGAAAGCUCUCCAGACUACUGUAUCAGGGACAGGGAUGUAGGGUCCCUUGGGACAGCUGGUCGGGUGUGUAACCAAACCUCCCGUGGCAUGGACAGCUGUGAGGUGAUGUGCUGUGGGAGAGGCUACGACACGUCCCGCGUCAGCAGAAUGACCAAAUGCGAGUGCAAGUUCCACUGGUGUUGUGCUGUGCGCUGCCAGGACUGCCUAGAAGUGGUGGAUAUUCACACAUGCAAGGCGCCGAAGAGUGCUGGCUGGAUCUCCCGGACAUAAUGCACAGGCUGCUGAUGCUGAGGACCACAACCUUUUGCCCUCCCUGGUCUGUGUAGGGAAGGCAUCUGAGGUCUUUGCUACUUUUACACCUGUUUUGCCUUUGUUGUUCAUCACACAGAAGUUGCUGAAUAAUUAAUAGAAACACUGCAGCAUUUACUUUCCAUUUCUGCACGACAGUGUUGCUGCAGAGUUGUCUGUGCAUAAACUGAUGCAGCUCUGGAAGGACGUACUUGUGCCAGGACUCUUUCAACCACCAUGUAAUGCUCCUCCAGACUACUUGUCAUCAGGAAUACAG